AUGUGGAGGCUCCAAGUUGCAACAGAAGCUGAUCACGGCCAGAAGAAUGGGGAUAUCAAUAACAGUGUUGGAACAUGUUUGUGGAAGUUUGAUGCCGAUGCCGGAACUCCACAAGAGCGGGCACAAGUUGAGAAUCUCCGGGAUGAAUUCCGGCGCAAUAGGUUCCAUGUAAAGCUAAGCGCUAAUCGCCUCUUGAGAAUGCAGAUGACACGGGACAACAGUGAUGACACGUACGACAUAAAACUCACCAAGGAGGAUCGUGAUGUAACUAAAGACGUCGUCACUGAGAGCUUGAAAAGAGGCCUUAACUAUUAUUCCCAACUCCAAGCUGCUGAUGGUCACUGGCCAUGUGACAUGCUUGGUCCCUUGUUCAUUGGUCCAACAAUGAAUGAAGAUGGCGGAUGGGGACUAAAUGUGGAAGGGCACAGUACGAUGUUCAGUUCCGUGAUGAAUUAUUUGGCGCUCCGAUUAAUGGGAGAAAAUCUGGAAGAGCAAGAUGAUACUGAACGAAGAGAAGCUUUGGCUUUGGCUCAAAAAUGGAUUAUUGACCAUGGCACUGCAAUUGCAAUUCCUUCAUGGGGAAAGUACUUGUUAGCGAUACUAGGUGUUUACGAAUGGUCAGGCUGCAAUCCUGUGCCUCCCGAGUUUUGGCUACUCCCUUCUUUCUCACCCAUAAGUCCAGGAAAAAUGUUGUCCUUUUGUCGUUUGGUUUAUUUACCAUUGUCGUACCUAUAUGGAAAGAGAUUUGUUGGAAAGACAACAAAAUCAAUAGUACGUUGUUUAAGAGAAGAAUUGUACACUGAACCAUACGAAGAAAUAGAUUGGAUUAAGGCUCGGGACAUCAGUGCCAAGGUUCGGGAAAAUCCUUCGGGUGACUUCACCAAAAUGUAUAGGCAUGCAACCAAAGGAGCUUGGACAUUUUCAGCUGCCAAUCAAAAAUGGCAAGUUUCAGAUUGCACGGGAGAAGGGCUAAAGGCAGCUUUGUUGCUAUCACUACUUUCCCCGACUAUUGUUGGAGAAAAAUUGAGUGAAACCAAUUUGCAUGACGCUGUGAAUAUAAUUCUUUCAAUACAGAGCCCGAAUGGAGGGUUUCCAGCAUGGGAACCAGCAAGGGCUUCUCGUUGGGUAGAGUCGCUGAAUCCAAUAGAGUUUUUCGAAGAUACCCUCAUUGAACGAGAACGGAUCAUGACUUAUCAAAAACUCGUUAAACCGAUGAGUAUUAAAUCAACGUUCAUAGUUAAUUACUUGGAACCGGCCGGGAUGCAGGUCUAUACAAACCUUGAUGGUGAACGGCCGCACGCAGUACAAACAGCUUGGGCACUCCUUGCUCUGAUCAAAGCUGGGCAGUUGGAAAGGGAUGCGAAACCCAUAAAUCGAGCCGUGAAGACGCUGAUCAAUAUGCAAAUGCCAAACGGUGACUUUCCUCAACAGGAAAAUACUGGAGCUUUUAUGAGGUACUGCAUGUUGAACUAUACUUCCUACAGAAACAUCUUCCCACUUUGGGCACUUGGUGAAUACCGAAGCCAUGUUUCUUUCGUUCCAUGA